AUGAAGUAUAACACGAGGAAAGACGCGGGCCGCGGCGGCGGCGGCGGCGCGCCGUUUGCCAUCCCGUGCGUCGACAUCAAGUCCUUCGUGGCCUCGCUCGCCUUCCUCACGCUGUUCGUGGCGUUCUGGCAGCUACAGCCCUACGGCUCCUUGCUCACCACGGCGCGCACCUCCGCGUCGUCCUCCUGCACCCUCCUCACCGCAACCGCUGCCACGGACCUCGCCUCUCCUGACGCCACCAGCGGCACUGCCACAAACACGAACCAACCGGCGGCGGCGGCGGCGGCGGGUUCAGCUACCGCCGCCGCCUCAAAUGCUGCCCCGGUGCGGUUGGCAAAGGCGGCGCGGCCGGAAGAUCCGAACAAGCGCGUGCUCCGGCCGUACGGCAGCGCAGCGGCGCUGUUCGUGCUGAUGGGCGCGUACCGGGGCGGGCCGCGGACGUUCGCCAUCGUGGGGCUGGCGUCCAAGCCCACCCACGUGUUCGGCACCCCCUACUUCAAGUGCGAGUGGCUGCCCAACCCCACCGCCGGCGACCCCUCGCCGCGCCCCGUCCGGACCAAGGCGUACAAGAUGCUCCCGGACUGGGGCUACGGCCGCGUCUACACCGUCGUCGUCGUCAACUGCACGUUCCCCUCAAACCCCAACGCCGGGAACGCCGGGGGCAAGCUGCUCGUCCACGCCUACUACUCCACCGCCUCCCGCCGGUACGAGCGCUUCGUCGCGCUGGAGGAGGCGCCGGGCUCCUACGACGAGUCCCGCUUCAGCCCGCCGUUCCAGUACGACUACCUCUACUGCGGCUCGUCGCUGUACGGCAACCUCAGCGCCAGCCGGAUGCGCGAGUGGGUGGCAUACCACGCGCACUUCUUCGGGCCCAGGUCGCAUUUCGUGCUCCACGACGCCGGCGGUAUCAGCCCGGAGGUGAAGGCGGUGCUGGAUCCGUGGGUCAGGGCCGGCCGGGUCACCGUGCAGGACAUCCGGGCGCAGGCGGAGUACGACGGAUACUACUACAACCAGUUCUUGGUGGUGAACGACUGCCUGCACCGCUACCGGCACGCCGCCAAUUGGACCUUCUUCUUCGACGUCGACGAGUACCUUUACCUGCCCAAUGGGCAGAAGCUCGACGAAGUGCUCGGCCAGCUCUCGGGUUACUCUCAAUUCACCAUUGAGCAGAAUCCCAUGUCCAGCAAGCUCUGCCUGCAGGAUCCAAGCAGGAAUUACUCAAGAGAAUGGGGAUUUGAGAAACUCGUCUUCCGAAACUCGAUCACCAAAGUUCGCCGGGAUCGCAAGUACGCCAUCCAGGCCCGGAACGCAUACUCAGCUGGUGUGCACAUGUCGCAGAACCUCUACGGGAGGACGACCCACAAGACGGAAAACCUGAUCAGAUACUACCACUACCACAACUCCAUCAAUGUCAUGGGAGAGCCUUGCCGUGAGUUCGUGCCAAUGCCAGUGAACGGCAGCAAGACGAUGUUCGAAGGGGUUCCCUACGUAUAUGACGAUAACAUGGAGCGAUUGGCUGACGAGAUCAAACGGUUUGAGAAGGUAACCCUUGGAUCAGCUCAGACAUAG